UACACGCCGCUCCCCUCAAUCCCAGCCUCAUCCUCACUCACUCACAGCCAGCAAUCAGGGACCUGUCCCCAGCACUGUCACCCAGCAGGAUCUGCCAGACCAGAAGGAAGACUCGCUGAGUUUAGGAGGAGCUGUGACGUUUAUCUGGAAUCGUUUGAAAUUAAAUGGCUGAUAAACAAAUCAGUUUGCCUGCCAAACUUAUAAAUGGAGGAAUAGCUGGACUGAUUGGUGUGACCUGUGUUUUUCCUAUUGACUUGGCCAAGACUCGACUACAAAACCAGCAAAAUGGCCAGCGUAUGUACAGCAGCAUGUCCGAUUGCCUCAUUAAGACAAUCCGUUCCGAAGGAUACUUUGGCAUGUACAGAGGUGCGGCGGUCAAUUUAACCCUUGUUACACCAGAGAAGGCCAUUAAAUUAGCUGCAAAUGAUUUUUUCAGGCAGUUCUUGUCCAAAGAUGGGAAGAAGUUAACACUGAUUAAAGAAAUGUUGGCUGGAUGUGGCGCUGGGACCUGCCAGGUCAUUGUUACUACGCCCAUGGAAAUGCUGAAAAUCCAACUGCAAGAUGCCGGGAGACUGGCCGCUCAGAGGAAGCUGAUGGCAGCCCAGGCAAGUGCAAACGGUGUGGCGGAGUCCAUCCCAGCAAGAGUCACAGCUAUGCAAAUUUCCCGGGAGCUGCUGCGGAGCAAAGGGAUAGCUGGGUUGUACAAGGGCCUGGGGGCCACGCUGCUAAGGGAUGUUCCAUUCUCCAUUAUAUAUUUCCCUCUUUUUGCCAACUUGAACAAGCUGGGGCAGAAGACGCCAGAUGAGAAGUCUCCGUUCUUUGUGUCUUUCCUUGCUGGCUGUGCAGCUGGAAGUACUGCCGCCGUUGCCGUCAACCCAUGUGAUGUAAUUAAAACAAGGCUGCAAUCAUUACAACGAGGGGUUAAUGAAGAUACGUACUCAGGGAUUAUAGACUGCACCAGGAAGAUAUGGAGGAGUGAGGGACCUGCUGCCUUCCUGAAGGGUGCAUACUGCAGAGCGCUUGUCAUUGCUCCACUUUUCGGGAUUGCUCAGGUGGUCUACUUUAUUGGAAUUGGAGAAUAUCUCCUGGGAUUUUUACACUCUCCUCGUGAUUAACAUCACAGCAUUGACCUCCAAACCAAAACUACUACAUGUUUGGUUCUUUUGAGAGGUCUUAGCAGUAUCUUAAUCUUGGCCAUUCUUGCCAGUUUUAAUUCUGCCUUUGCUUAUCCAUAAGGGUGGAUUUUAAAGCAGGAUAUGCCCUCCUUUUUAUGUGCAAUGGUAUGGUCCACAACUAUACUUAUGUGCUGCGGAACCUGACAGCAAUUGGGAAAUCUUCUUUUAUCUUCUGGUGGAAGGAGGAGAGUCCUUCUCGAAAGGGGCAGCAACUCUACAAAGUUAUUCAUUUAGAGAGCUGAGCCAAUUUUAACACUUAAUUUGUGGCACAUGAUUUGUUACAGAGGCUAAGGAAAUGUGGCAAAAAAAGACAACCUCUGGCAAGUGUUUCUAAUCUGUGAGCGACUGCAACACAUACUUAUUAAGUUUGUCUUAUGAGUAUAUUGACAUUUUAUGUUUGCUUAUGUAAUAUACACACUUCAGAUGGGUAGGGGCACACCGUUGAUGUAUGCAGUAAUUUGUCAAAUGCAGAGCAUACUCCAAACUUAAUGCUGAUUAUUAACCCCGGAAGGACCGCUGACUACAUUAUUCUAUCAUAACUAUCUGGUCUUUAACCCCUUAAGGACCAAACUUCUGGAAUAAAAGGGAAUCAUGACAUGUCACACAUGUCAUGUGUCCUUAAGGGGUUAAAAGUCUGACACGAAAAUGGAAUAUCCCACCCGGUUUUGUAUGUAGAGUUGCCAGUAAUGAAAAUGUGGGAUGUUCUUUGUUUGCUCUGGCUGGGAUAUUUACUAAAUGGUGAAUUGCUGGGAAUUCAAAAUGAAUUACGAAUGUUACAU